GUCGCGAGUGGCUGCCGCAGCAGCAGUGGCAGCGGCGUAGUGGCGGCGAGACGGGCCGAGCGCGCAAAGUACAGUGGCGCGAGGGUAACAGGAGGUCUCCGCCGUGGGUGUCGUCGCUCUACACGGAGUGUAGAUCCAUGCGACGAUGAGUCAUUGUCAACUUUUGUAAUAGACGUCAACUCGUAUUCUAAAUGAAAUAAGUGUUAAGCUCACAUUAUCGUGAUUUCCUAUCGAUCGGUGUCACAAAAACAGCCAGUAAUUUAAAAACUACACUGUUUUCAGCUACGGUCGCAAUGAGUGACAAGGUGACACCUAAUAUUUGGGUCCAAAUGUAUGUGAUAAGCAUCAAAAAAUAAAAAAAAGUUGCUGCAUCCGGUGACACUGAAAUAAAGUUGGAAGUACUGUCAAUAGGAGUGAAUAUUGCAGCAGGGUGAAUUAUUCGAAAUGAACUAAACAAAGAGCUCUAUUGCGAGAUAUGAACUGCGCACUCUGUGUCUUACGCGUGGUGAUAGCUGCACCACUCUCGUCAACAAGUUACCCUCUAGUACCGAGUGGUGUGCCUUAAAUAGUGGACUAGUGAGCAGUAAAAGUUAUAUUUUACUGUUGUUCGCAGUGCGAAAGAGGAUGUCUGACAGGCUCGUAAGUGCAAAAUGUUCUCCGCUCCACUGAAAAGUAGAGGAGGGAGUAGGGACGCAGAAUCUAUGCUGAUAGGGCACAGGAGUGUAUUAGUGUGAAAAUAGGUAACUCUGCGGCUGGCUAUGGGCGAAUCGUUUAGCAUAGAGGGCGUUGCUGCGACGGCAGCGACCGAGGGCAUAAUGCGGUUUUUGGUGGAUCAGGACACGGUGCGGCCGGCGGUGGGGGCGGCAGAGGACGCGAUCGACGCGGCUGACAUUCUGUUGUUGUCGACGGCGCUGCCGGUGAACGCGUCGGAUGACGGCGCCCCUGGAAAGGCGGGGGCAUCCAACUCUACGGCUGCGUCGGCGGCCGCGGCGGCGCUGGAGGUGGUGGCCGUGCGGCACCCGCUGUACGUGGUGGUGCCCAUGACGGUCCUCUACGCCAUCAUCUUCUUCACCGGCGUGCUGGGCAACAUGACGACGUGCAUCGUCAUCUACCGCAACAAGCACAUGCACACCACCACUAACUACUACCUGUUUAGCCUGGCCGUGUCCGACCUGCUGCUGCUCGUGUCCGGGCUGCCGCCCGAGGUGUACCAGGUGUGGAAGCACUACCCCUACAUCUUCGGGCUGACCUUCUGCCGGCUGCGCGGCCUCGCCGCCGAGACGUCGUCGAACGCGACGGUGCUGACCAUCACGGCGUUCACGGUGGAGCGGUACGUGGCCAUCUGCCACCCGUUCCUGUCGCACACCAUGUCGAAGCUGUCGCGCGCCGUCAAGCUGAUCGUGGCCGUGUGGCUGCUGUCGCUGGCGUGCGCCGUGCCGCAGGCGCUGCACCUGCAGAUCGUCGGGCCGGCCGGCAUGACGCGCUGCAUGUUCCGCGAGGAGACGGUGCACCACCUGUUCGAGAUCUCGACGUUCCUCUUCUUCGUGGCGCCCAUGACGCUCAUCACCAUACUGUACGCGCUCAUCGGGCUGCGGCUGCGGCGCUCGAGCGCCAUGAAGCGCGACGCCGGGACCUACGGCCACCGCAACGGCGCCGGCACGGGCCACCAGCACUACGGCUGCGUCGCGACGGCGGCGGACAAGGACGGCGCCCACUCGGCGUCGGCGUCCCUGACGCCGCGCCACCACCACGCCGCCGGCAGGGCUAGCCAUUCCUCGCAGUCGCGGCGCGUCCUCAAGAUGCUCGGUGAGUAG